GUAUGAGAGAGAGAGACAGAAAGAGAGAGAGAGAAACUUGCGCACUUGGACUCGAGUUGUAUAGUGUGGGAAAAUAUCGCACACGCGCGCGUCUUGUGCUUAAACUGAAACCUGACAUCCCACACUCAGGUCCAGCUGCGGAUGUUCAACAUCUGUUUUGUCUGGAGUUGAUUCCACUUUUCAUAAAGGGAAAAUCCGGGAAAAUUUCUAUAAUCAGUAAAAAUUAAAGAAAGGUUCACCAAGGAAAAGGUCUCACUUUUGAGCGUUUCACACAGAAUGGAUUUGCCGGUUCUGGUUUUAGCGGCGGUGGUCCUGUCUUUUGCGUCCAGCACUAAACUGAAUGUGCCGCGCCUUCGAAUGUCAUAUAAAGAUCUGCUGGCCACAAACCGUACAGCAGUCUUCAGCGGUUUACGUGGUGAUUUGCACUUGUCAGCUGUGUUUUUGGAUGAAUAUCAUGACAGGCUUUUUCUGGGAGGAAAAGAUGUUCUGUAUUCACUGAAACUGGAUCAUACACAUGAUGCUAAAGAGAUUCAUUGGCCAUCGUUGCCUGGUAACCGUGAGGACUGUAUUCUCAAAGGGAAAGAUCCUGAGACAGAGUGUGCAAACUUCAUACGAUUGCUACAGCCAUUCAACCGCACUCAUCUGCUGGCCUGUGGCACCGGAGCGUUUCAACCCGUGUGUGCGUACGUGUACGUCGGACACCGCGGAGAGCAUGUGUUCAGUUUGGAUCGUACCACGGUGCAGAACGGGAGGGGGAAAUGUCCUCAUGACCCCAAACUACCCUUUGCAAGCACCUUUACAGGUGGAGAACUGUACACCGGUCUGACAGCUGACUUUUUGGGUAGAGACUCUGUGAUUUUGAGGAGUUUAGGGUCUCGCUCAACCAUGAGAACAGAGACAGAUCAGCGAAUCCUGCACGAGCCCAGGUUUGUUGCGGCUCACCUCAUUCCUGACAGCGCAGACAGAGAUGAUGAUAAAAUUUAUUUCUUCUUCACUGAGAGAGCCGCAGAGACGGCAGAGAGAGACGAUGAAGGAGCUAUACAUACACGCAUUGGACGAGUGUGUGCGAAUGAUGUGGGUGGCCAGAGGGCUCUGGUGAACAAGUGGAGCACAUUUAUUAAAGCCCGGCUGGUGUGUUCUGUUCCCGGACCUCACGGCAUCCAAACACACUUUCACCAGCUUGAGGAUGUGUUCCUGUUAAGGACUAAAGAUGAAACUAAUCCAGAGAUUUAUGCAAUAUUCAGCACCAUCAGUAAUGUGUUUCAGGGCUAUGCUGUGUGUGUGUAUAGUAUGGCUGACAUCCGUGAAGCUUUUAAUGGGCCAUUUGCUCAUAAAGAGGGACCAGAUUAUCAGUGGGGACCUUAUGAAGGACGGGUCCCUUAUCCACGACCAGGAGUGUGCCCCAGUAAGAUCACAGCCCAGCCUGGCCGUGCUUUCCGCAGCACGCUGGAGUUUCCGGACGCAGUACUCCAGUUCGCACGGACGCACCCGCUAAUGUGGCGUCCAGUUUACCCCUCACAGCGUCAGCCACUUCUGCUCCGCACGGGUGCGCCGUACAAACUCACACAAAUCACUGUAGACCGCACGCAAGCUGAGGAUGGAUACUAUGAUGUCAUGUUCAUUGGCACUGAUAUUGGCACGGUGCUUAAGGUUAUCGUAUUGGGAAAUGGUAACUUGCUCAACGCUGAAGAAAUUACACUAGAGGAACUGCAAGUGUUCAAGGUUCCCACUCCCAUAAUCUCUAUGGAUAUAUCUGUGAAGAGGCAAACUCUUUUCGUGGGAUCAGAUACAGGUGUGGUUCAGGUGCCUCUGCACCGCUGCAGUAUGUACGGUAAAGCUUGUGCCGAGUGCUGUCUGGCUCGAGAUCCCUACUGCGCUUGGGACGGACAAUCAUGCACACGCUACCUGCCAAACACGAAACGCAGAUACCGCAGACAGGACAUCAAACACGCAAACCCAGCGGUGCAAUGCAUGGACCAAAAUCUCAGCGUGGAGGAUCUGGACAUGACUGAAGAACAGGUUGUUUAUGGCACUGAAAACAACAGCACAUUUUUGGAGUGUGUCCCCCGAUCACCACAGGCCACCGUCACCUGGCACAUUCAGAGAGAUGACCACAUAGAGGAGGUGGUAUUAGAUGAACGAAUAUCCAAGACAGAUGAUGGUUUGUUGUUUCGCCGCGUGCUCCGUCACGACGAAGGCAUCUAUGUGUGCCGAUCUCGGGAACACGCAUUUACACAAACCCUCGCUCGCUUCUGGUUGGAUGUUUUACAUGCCGACACCCUGUCGAACCUCCUAUCACACGACAGCAAAUAUAAAGUGUGGUCACCGUGCCCCGGCCACAUGUCUGCUAAUCGUACCCCAGCGAGAGCGUGGUUUAAGGACGUCUUGCAGCUGAUUGGUCCUUCGAACCUACCGCAGGUGGAGCAGUACUGCGAGCGUGUUUGGUGUAAUGAAAAGCUGAGAAGGAAACACAAGAGCAUGAUGGACAAAUAUCGGCAAGCGCACGACUCUGCGAAGAAAGCACGGAUCCAAAAGAGCGCCGGGGAGCGAAUCCGAUCUCCACGGGAUCUCCGCACGGCAGAGUAAACUAAAGACUUAUAAGUAUGGACUUUCAAUAGAAAGUGGACUUUUACAUAGCAGCACACAGCCAUUAACUUUGGCUGACUGACACAAACACAUAUUUUUUGUUCAUGGUGAUUUUAUUUAUGAAUAUUAUAGGUGUAGCGUGUCCAACUGUUGUUUGGGUUGAUAAGGGAGUUCUGCGACUGAUGCUGUGACCAUGGCAACAACACCUCAUCACCUCACAGCAGACCGUGGCUAAAGUUGGUAAUGUCUCACUUAAGCAUUUAGCAGCUGCAAAACUUUUUCUGGAACAAAUGAGGGUAUGCAGGAAGUGCGAAUUGGCUUUAGCAGUAGAUUGGAGAGCUGCCAUUGCAAUAACAGUUGCCAAAAAACACACAUUCAUUCAGAACGCAUCUGGCUGUGAUACAACUGGGCAACAUUUUUCUUAAUGUUGAUCUGAGUGACAGUGCAUACUGCAUACUGUAGCAAAGCUUGGUUUGCCAGUCCGUUAAGCUGUAAGGAAAUUAUAUUUUUAAGAAAUUAAGACUUUUGUGGUAACUUAAUCAUAGACUGACGACCGUUGGGAUUUCAACAGAACUGAAAAGCUUUUUAGGGGAAAUCCUGAUUUUGUUCAACUUUGUACAGGCUUUAUUUUUUGCAGGUUAUAUAUAAAGCUUUUUAACAUGCAAACAGAACUGACCAGGAUUUGUGAAUCAGUCAUUGAUAACAUGCAUUCUAAUCAGACGUGGUGCACUAAAGCUUCAAGCAAUUGAAGUGAUCUUUUAGGGGAGGUUUCCUGGACAGGGUUUAGAUUAAGCCAGGAUUAGGCACUAAAUAUAUUACAACAUUUAAGUAAAAAUAUCUUUAAAAAAAAAUUACUGGUAUACAUCUUGUCGAAACAAUGACACUGGUUAAUAUCAUUAUCUCAUUUUUGACGGAGGUGCCAUUUCUAUAUACCAAAUGCUCUCGGCAUGUAUUGUAAGCUCAUCAAAUACUUUGCUUUAAAUCCAUUAUUGCCAGCCUCAGACUAUUCAGAAAUACCUGUUUGUUGGCAAACAUCCGUUAAAGUCACAUCCCUUUUUGGCAAAGAAGGAUUUAAUAAUUUUUUGGAUUUCAAUCAUCAUGUUUUUUUACCCGGCUAAAGGGAGUUUACCAAAUAUAAGGAUAUUGACUGAAUUUUUGAGCCUUUUACGUAUAUUCAGAAAGCACAGGAAAGAGUGACUGGAGAGAGAUAGUGUGGGAUUGGGAAAUGACCGUGGAUCACGUUUAAACUUGAUCCGCUGGGUCAAAAAAAGGACAAACCCAACCUGUUGGGUUGCAAUUUAAGCUAUUCUGGGUUG